AUGCAUAUCAUCCUGUUUAGUUCUGUUAAAAUUACUUCACCUGAUCCGAACGGUUUAAUUCCGAGUUCCAGUCUCGAGACGAAUGAGGUUGGAAGGCUACAUGUGCCUAUUUAUCAACAGGCGAAAAAGCGACGCGAAUCGCUGGCUCGACAGCAGGGCCUGAACAUGGGACCUAGCUUUGACUGUAAUGAAGAGCUUACAGAUCUCCCUGCCUGGCGGCAGGUGCCAUGGAAAGAGCCAAAUCAGGACCCACAUUUUCAUGAGCAAGAUGACAUGGAGUCAGAAAGAAAAGGCAGUCGCACUAUUCAACACAAACAGCACAAACAUUUAGCUCCAAUCCACGUUUCGGUAAUGCACCACUCUUAUGCCUAUUCUCCUCAUCACCAUCACCAUCAUCAUCAGCCUUCCAGUCACCUGCAGCAACACUCUAGCUACCGGCAUCAUCAUCAGUAUGCUGACGCAAAACAACAACAAAACGCCAAGCAUACAGGUCAACAGCUCUUGGCAGCACACCCCCAAGCCCAGACUGAUACAGCUUCGGGUGGUCCUGGAUCACCAUCUUCCUUCCAACAGCGUCACAUUCAUUACGAAAGGCCAGUGAGUAGAAAGAUCUCUUCUUUGGGUCAACCUGAAAUUGGCCCAAAUCCAGUAGAAGAAGGAGAUGUAAGAAAAAAGAUUACUAAAAUCACGUAUUGA